UCAGUCACGUGGUAGAUUUUAGAGUCCCCACGCUGGGCCGAUGCGCUCCAUUUUCCGUAGUGAGACCCAUCACUGAUGUCUAGUUUUCUAGCGUCUAUAUUGUAGACAGUGAUUGUGUUUGACUGACGGUGGACAUGGCUGAACCCGAGGGACGCUCACUCAGCGACUCAGGCUGGUCGACUCAAGAAGUACCACCGAAUUUACAGCAACAAUCGCAUGGAUUUCAGGCAUUAAGAGACUGGAACUGGUUUCAGUCUGCGCCGAUAAGUCCGUGGGGUCCCAACCCCAUGUGUCCUGUUCGUAGCUCCGGAAGUCCGGGUUAUGGUCAACACCACGGUCUUGGUUAUCAUCUUCAUGAAUAUCAGUAUGGGAGGCAAGACCACGGCCAAAACCAGUGGAGAAACAGACAGAAAAAACCAAAAGAACCAGAAUUCAGCCAUUUCUGUGAUACUUGUGAUAGAGGUUUUAAAAACCAAGACAAAUACAAUGAACAUAUUGCCCAACAUGUAAAGUGUUCUUUUGAUGAUUGCAAAUUCACUGCACACGAGAAGCUUGUCAAAAUCCACUGGAAAAAUAGUCAUGCCCCAGGAGCAAAGCGAAUCAAGUUGGACACCCCAGAGGAAAUUGCAAAAUGGAGAGAGGAACGGAGACGGAACUACCCAACACAAAGCAAUGUUGAGAAGAGAAUUAAACUAAUGGAGGUCAGAGAAAAGAGAGGCGAUGUGCUGGAAACUUCUCAGUUUGGACAUUUUAAGAGUCGUGGCCGAAUGCAUGGUGGGCACUAUCGUGGAGAAAGUUUACAGGCUCACAGAGGGCAUGCAUUUGGUGGCCAUCAACACUUCCAUCCAGGUACUGAAAAUGUGGAGCAGGCACUCCCUCUCGCAUGCCCUCCACAUGAUGUAGAUCCUCUAGGAGCCCUGGCCACCUGUGACCCAGUCUGUAUAUUUUUGUCAGAUUCUGAGAAAGAGGAGUCCGUGAAGGAGACGAAGGCUGCCAUGUCCGUGGCCCCCAAAAGUAUGACCUCCGCUCUAGCAUCACUGAUAUCCAGCUAUGGACAAGAUGUGACCGAAAGUGAAAGUGACAAAGAACCAGAGGAUGCCCCAAUCCUGAAAAGUGCUCUGGCUUUAGAAGAGAACAAGGCCCUGCUUGCAGCUCAUUCGAACCCAAACCAAAGCCGACCAGUGCCUGAAAGGAGGCCAACAACUGAGGAAUCGGAGAUUAACCAUCGAGUACCACAUCCUCAGUCCGUGUCGCAUCCUCUGAGGAGCGGAGGGAGUUGUGGAGGUAGACGAAGGGGAAGACAACAUAAUGAACCUAUGACUGGACCUCAGAAGUGUUGUCCCACUUUACUAGAGAUGUUGUUGGCCCCGGAUAUUCGGCAUGAAAGGAAUGUGGUGCUUCAGUGCAUUCGCUAUAUAAUCCAUAAGGAAUUCUUUGGUCUAGUAAAAAUUCCAACCUGGUGAUGCCUGAUGUUGCUUCAGUAACUGUGAAUGGCUCUGUGUUAGGAAAUGAUGUUGGUGGAAGUGGCAUAAUGUAAUUAUCUCUGGAAUGGAGUAUUUAGUGUGGUGAUGAGUUGCUUGGUCAGCCAGUCACAGGUUGAGGAUGCUUCUUUUGUUUCACAGGAUAUACUGUGCAGUAAAGGACAUAAGGCAGGAAAAGGAGACUACUGCUCACAGCCAUAAGGAGUUUUGUAUUCUGUUGGUCACUGUCAAGACAUAGCUGACCUUGUUUAAACAAAAGUUCAUUGCCCUAAUAAGCGUUUUGUUCCUCAGUGCAGCGCACGCACAUCAGACAAGGUCACUUCUGCUGAUAUUUGCUUAAAGUUUAGUAACUGUUGAUUGUUCCAGUGGGGUACCACAGAAUGGAGAUUCACCCAGGCAACCCUUACACUCAGUAAAUCAUUAUCAGUCAGAAUACACCACAGUUGCUUUUUACUAGAGGCCAUCAGGCUUUCUGAUUUUGUUACUUGAUAACAGUGAAGAUUAAUUAUUGUUCGGAGUCCCUUGAAUCUUUUCAAAUAAGUGAUUACACCAAGAAUGUUGACUAAAGCAGAAUGGAAACCUGAGCAUAAAAUGCUUACAAAUGAGGCGUAUAUUAUCUCGAGACGCCCUUGAUCACCUGUGCCAUGCUGCUUAAUUUUAACUGACAAGCAACACAGAACGAAGACUGGGACAUUUGUGUGUAUUCGUGUUUUUUAAAACACAUAUUUAACAAUGAAUAAUGCUUUUUAUUUGUGUUUGAUUACAUGUUAACCCAUGUGAAUAUGGAUUAUUGUAAUGAUCAUUUUCUAACAGUUUGUUUAAUGGACAUAAAAAGUAACAAAUAUGAA